AGGUAACUGAGCUGAAUGAGCCGCUCUCAAAUGAGGAUAGAAACCUGCUGUCUGUAGCCUACAAGAAUGUAGUUGGAGCUAGACGAUCUUCCUGGCGUGUCAUCAGCAGCAUAGAGCAGAAGACUAUGGCGGAUGGGAACGAGAAGAAGCUGGAGAAGGUUAAAGCCUAUAGGGAGAAGAUAGAAAAGGAGCUGGAGACAGUCUGCAAUGAUGUUUUGGCUCUCCUAGAUAAAUACUUAAUCAAAAACUGCAAUGACUUCCAGUAUGAGAGUAAGGUCUUUUAUCUGAAAAUGAAAGGGGAUUACUACCGCUAUUUGGCAGAAGUUGCUGCUGGAGAGAAGAAGAACAGUGUUGUGGAAGCCUCAGAAGCUGCCUAUAAAGAGGCUUUUGAAAUCAGCAAAGAGCACAUGCAGCCCACUCACCCAAUUAGGCUUGGGCUGGCACUCAAUUUCUCAGUGUUCUACUAUGAAAUCCAGAAUGCUCCGGAGCAGGCCUGCCUUUUAGCCAAACAAGCCUUUGAUGAUGCCAUAGCAGAGCUGGACACACUAAAUGAGGAUUCCUACAAGGACUCCACUCUCAUCAUGCAGUUACUUCGAGAUAACCUCACUCUGUGGACGAGUGAUCAGCAAGAUGAAGAAGCAGGAGAGGGCAAUAAUUAAAAAGCUUUCCUCCGAUCCCUCUUUCAUCCACUUCACCAUCCCCAUCAUCACCAAUAUUUCCCUGCCACAGUCACACUAAAUAUCUAGUGCUAAGCAUAUCUGUAUUGUACAGCUGUUCAGAUCUGCUGUCCACGUUAUCAAGAAGCAGUUUCAGAUGAAAAUUCAUGGGCAUUGAUGGAUUGAUUGGUAAUUGGCCCUAUUUAAGUUGCACUUGAGCAGUGCAGAAAGAUACGUAGUAAAUUAGGAAUUUUUAGUUUGCGUGUUGAUUGGGAAAUAUGGGAAAGAAUAAUGGAAAGCAACUGAAGAUAGAUUCCAGUUAUUUUUUUUCCAUUUGAAAUGAGCUAACAGUUCUGUUAAGCAGUACGUUUUGUGCAUGCCAAGUAAAUUAGCCACCCCGAUUUUUUUCAGGCAAUGGAAACAGUUAAGCUGAUGUGAAAUGGCAACUCUGUUCAUCAGUUUACAAGAAACUGUUUGAAAUGUGAGGUUUCAGUAGCAAUUUGGUUUUUUGCCUCUAACUUCUGUGCACAGUUUCUUUUAAUGCAGUGCAUCUACCUAAGAGUUUUGAUACCUGUAACCUUUUGGAGUUGUUUUGAAGAAUCAUGAAUUUAUUUUUUGUAAACUCUUUGGCUGUUUAGUUGUCUGUGUAUUCUGACAACACUAUGUCAAUAUUAGCCCAUGUUAAGAUGGAUGACUGAGAUGCCAGACUUCUAAAUUAAAUGUUUUGGAAUUAAAUGAAUAAAAUAAAAUGCUGCUUCGGGGAUGUUAUCUCUA